AUGUAUAACGAUGGUAUUGCUUCAAAUGAAUCUGACAAACACAAUAUACAAGAUUCAGAAAUAAAACAAGACAAUUCAAAUAUAAAACAAAAUUUUGAAGCGAUAAAAUCAGAACAAGAAACAACUUCAGGUUCUGAAUUCAAUGAAGACAGCAACAAAGAAACUGAUCCGUUUUCAAAUUUCCACGUAAUCGAUUCGGAGAAAGAUUUGGAUGUUCCUACUGGAAUUGAAGGACCAGUGCCCUCAAUAGUACUACCGCCAGAUAACUUUUUUGCAAAUUCUGGCCCAUAUCAGCAGGUUGAACAAAGACGUAAGCUAUACUCAACGCCAACGUAUUUUAUUCACCCGUAUUAUAAUCAUCAAUAUUAUAGAAAUAUAAGGACGAUAUAA